CAUAAAAGCAAAACCCUAGCACCCAUUUUCUCUUCUUUAUAUUUUAUACAAGUGCUCCCCUUGCCCUCCUCUCUCGUCUGCCGCUGCAAUCUCUUCUCAACUUCACAAAUGGCUUCCGAGAAGAAACUGAGUAACCCAAUGAGGGAAAUCAAAGUGCAAAAGCUUGUCCUUAACAUCUCCGUUGGUGAGAGUGGUGAUCGUCUCACCAGGGCCGCUAAGGUGUUGGAGCAGCUCAGUGGCCAAAAUCCAGUUUUCUCAAAAGCAAGGUACACUGUGCGGUCCUUUGGUAUCAGACGUAAUGAAAAGAUUGCAUGCUAUGUCACUGUUAGGGGUGACAAGGCAAUGCAGCUUUUGGAGAGCGGUUUGAAGGUGAAGGAAUAUGAGCUGCUGCGAAGGAACUUUAGUGAUACUGGAUGUUUUGGGUUUGGUAUUCAGGAGCACAUUGAUUUGGGAAUCAAGUAUGAUCCUUCAACCGGUAUUUACGGGAUGGACUUCUUUGUUGUGCUGGAGCGCCCUGGUUACCGUGUUGGCCGUCGUCGCAGGUGCAAGUCUCGUGUUGGGAUCCAGCACAGGGUCACAAAGGAUGAUGCCAUGAAAUGGUUCCAGGUCAAAUAUGAGGGUGUGAUCCUCAACAAGUCUCAGAAUAUCACAGGUUAAUAGGCAUGGAAGAUUUUGACUUAGGUUGUUAUGUAGACCAGUGUUCUUUACUAUUAUUAUCUUUCUUUUUCCAGUUUUGGGAGAGCUUGGGAUAAUGUUUUCUGGGACAAAAUCUGUUAAUUUUUUGCUCCUUUAUAUAUUUUCAGCAGUUUCAGCUGACAUCUGAAUCACUAUCAUGAUAGUUAUCUUCAGACAAUUAGUUUUUCUAUGAUAAUGAGUAUUUUGUGUUUUGGCUUUCAA